UAUAAGCAGGCCAGGAGCUCUGAGAGUAGGAAUCUGAGCGAGGAAGACACGGCGCUGGAACCCAUGGACACUUCAUACCCCCGCGAGGAUCCCCGGGCCCCAGCUUCCCGCAAGGCUGAUGAUGAUGCUGCCCACACAGCCCUCCCUCUGGGAGCGCCGCGCCCCGUGCCACGUGACCACCUGCUCUGGUCAGUCUUCAGCACGCUCUACCUGAACCUGUGCUGCCUCGGUUUCCUGGCACUGGUGCACUCUGUCAAGGCCAGAGACCAGAAGGUAGCUGGGGACCUGGAGGCUGCACGGCGGUUUGGCUCCAAAGCCAAGUGCUACAACAUUUUGGCUGCCAUGUGGACAGUGGUGCCCCCACUGCUGCUCUUGGGGCUGGUGGUGACCGGUGCCUUACACCUAUCCCGGCUGGCCAAGGACUCGGCAGCAUUCUUCAGCACUAAGUUUGAAGAUGGGGACUAUGACUGAUGCACUCGAUCCUGACCGUCCUGAACCGGGGACACCGAUUCCAGGUGCUCAAUACCGGCUCUCUGGAGUUGUGUCCUACUAAUUUCUGCCCUAUCCCGACCCAAGAAGCCACCCUCUUGUCCAACCUGAGCACUCAAUUCAUACCCCAGGGACCUCCCUCAAACCUUGUGGGUCCUCAGCACCUGGCCCUGCCCCCUUCUCCUUACUCACCAGAGUCUUGGCUCACAAUUAAAAGUACCAGGUUCCA